AUGCCAGACUGCACAAUCUGUUCACAACAAUCUGGAGAAAUCAAACUACAAGAUCUGGAGAAUCAAACUACAAAAUCAUGUUGCUUUUGUGGUGCUUAUAUGGAGAUGAAACAACGUUGUUUCACCAAUUCAAAUGAAACUUCUACCCGAUGUUCAACAAUGUCACGUCUGAAUGCUACACAUUUACAACCAUUCACUUAUACAUCUACAAAUAAUUUCCGUCCUAUCUCAACAAUUUCUGUCAAUUCCUCAUCUACCAUCCACUCGUCAUGCAAGAAUUCCAAUACACCUUCGAAUGCGGAUAGUCAACUGUCGUCAAGGUCUACCUCUCCUGCUGAUGGUGCGAAAAGAAAUCAAGAAUCAACAGAAAGCAAAAAGUUGUGUGAUAAGAAAACGAUUGAAGUUGAGAAAAAACAGACAGUUAUUGAUAACAACCUUACCACUGUUGCUGAUGCGAUACGAUGGCGAAUGAAACAAACCAAAGAAUUUGAGGGUAUGAAUACUUCUCAAGACUUUCAGUCUUCGAACAGGAAUGACGCACAGCGCCCGUCAUUGUCGUUAUCUUUCGAGAAGUCUGCUGGAUCUGUUCAAACUACAUCCUUCACGGUUCCCUAUUAUGUUAACACAUUCAUUAUUAUCAUACAAUAUCAUUCAGAGAAAAAGAAUGCGCCUUUAUUAUGUUUCGAUGUUAAUAGCCAAGCGAGAAAUAAUACUGGUAGUAUUACAUUUGGCAAGACUUUCUGUGAAGCUCAAGAUCAGAACAUGCCGGAAUCCUGCUGGAUUUGUGGAAAAGUUGGCCAUUUGACAAGAUACUGCCAAUCGACACCGCCAACUGUAUUGCUUUUGGCUCAGGAAAUGAAGAAGACACAACAAAAGAAAGCAGUUGAAAAGCCACGUGAUAAUAAAGGAAGGGUGCUGUAUACAAGUGAUGAAUCGUCUGACGAUGGAUUGGAUUCUGGCAGCGAUUCUGAUGGAGAUCUCAAACAGGCGGUGGAAAACAACUCAUGUUUGGACCAUGAUAUUAAAUUAUUAUCGGAUGAUGAUGGAAAAGACGAGUUCUCAAUUACACUUAAAUAUAAGCCUUACUUUGCUCAUAUCAAUGUGGAAUUUGGGCAUAAAUAUGCAGUUUCACGAUCAGAUGAAGAUAUAGCAUGUUCAUUGUGGCCAUUGUUCUUCGUGCAGAUACAGUCAGAUGAAUAUCAGAAAAUAUUGGAGGCGCAUUUGGAUUCCUUAGUUGCUAACACUCCUCUUGCUAAUACGGAAAUAGUCAUUGGGACAUUGUGUGUUGCAUACUGUGAACGUUUCAAUGCCAAAUUUCGUGCGGUAAUAACAGCGAUAUGUUCAAAUCUUGUUGAGAUAUUUUACAUUGAUUAUGGUAAUUACGAAUGGGUUGGACAUAGUACAUUAUGGUCAAUUGCUGACCAGGAUAAAACAACAAUUAUUCAUCCAGGAAUGGCUAUUCCAUGUAUUCUUAAUGCUUACGAUCAGGAAAAAAUAGCUUCACGUUUAUCACGAAACGAUGUUGUUAAAAUGAAAUUAGCGGUCGGUUGUGGUCAAUGGGGUUUUUAUUUGAAUUUCCGGAAGCGACGUCCGGAUGGUGUAUGCGUUGUGGAACUAGAAGAGGGAGCAGAAAUGGAUUGAAAUUUUCUGUUAAUUUUAUGGAAGAUUUUUUUGGUGGUGAUUUGCAUUUGUGUGGUUUUUCUUCUAUUGUUCUGGGCAAUGUUAGUUUCUUCCUUGUACUCCGUUGCUGCUAAAGAAUUUGGAAAUAUUAAAGCAUCCCAAUUUCCUCCCUCUCCGUUCUGAUACUAUAUGCUUCCUUGCAAUUUCUGGUUGAUGAAAAAUGAG